GGACCGGAUGGAGUCCCGGGAAGAGUCCUGGCGCUGGCCUUGAGGCACCUCGGGAGCCACCUUAGGCAGCUAUUUAAUGACUGCCUGGAGGCGGGGCGGUUCCCGAGAGUAUGGAAACAGGGACGCUUGGUGCUGUUGCGGAAGGAGGGUCGUUCUCCUGAUUCUCCUUCGGCAUACAGACCAAUUGUCCUUAUUGAUGAGGUGAGCAAGAUGCUGGAGAGAGUUCUGGCCUCUCGUAUUAACCAGCACCUCGCUCUGCAGGGCCCUGAUCUUUCGGAACACCAGUACGGCUUUAGGGUAGGCAAGUCGACGAUAGAUGCCGUUGGUGCUCUGAAAAGUUUCUGCGAAGGAGCGCAGAAGGAAAGCGACGGGGUAUUGGCGGUAUCACUAGAUAUCGCCAAUGCCUUUGGCACCCUGCCGUAUAGCGUGGUAGAGGAGGCGCUCCAAUAUCAUCGGGUGCCCCUGUACCUGCGCCGAAUGAUAGGGCACUACCUGGAGGAAAGGGUAGUGGUCUAUCAGGGAAAGGACGGGGCGAGGCAGGAGAGGCGUAUGGCUUGUGGGGUUCCGCAGGGAUCGGUUCUCGGACCCCUGCUGUGGAACCUGGGCUUUGAUUGGGCAAUUCGUCCGGUUCUGCUGCCCCGGAUGGUAAUUAUUUGUUACGCGGACGACACCAUGGUUGCCGUCCGGGGAAGCAGUUAUGAGGAGUCGGUGAGGAGGGCUACGGUGGCCACCGAGCUGAUGGUCACCCGAAUUGGCAUGUUGGGGCUCAAAGUUUCCCUUCCAAAGACGGAGGCCGUCGUGGUCUUCCCACAGCCAGGAACUCCGUUUACCCAGGUGAUUUUGGGUGCUUUCCAGGAUUUCAGGGGCUCCUUCUCGUCCUUCGCUAUCUUAUUGCCUUGUUCGAGGAUUCUCUGUCCCAGCAUUAUGUUGGUGCAUUUUGCCAGGACAACUAUUGGGUCGGUGGAUGGUGUUUUGAACCGCGGCUUAUUAUCUUCUGCUUCCGCCUCUUCGUCCACCUCGACAAAACCUGCUGUUGCGCUGUAUGCGGCCAUGUGGUCGAGUUCUUCUACAUUUCCAUUGAGGAAUACGCUAGGGCGGGAGUACUUUAAUGAGAAAGCGUUACUACGGUCGAUGAAGGGCACCUGGUUUUCGUCGCCAAUAAUGAGCAUUUCGCUGGCAUGGGCAAGUUUCGCGGCCAUGAUUAUCGAUCCUGGGUGGCUCAUGAGAGCUUCAUCCACGAUGAGGCGCUCGCAGUGCCUCUCGCUUUGCUCUUUGAAUCCAUUUACCAAGACCGAUGCCAUGGUGCGGACUUUGAGUGUUGAUGCCUCUCCGUACUUUGCCUGCAGCUUCUCCUUCAAGUCCUUUUUGGCCUCCGUGGUUGCUGUUAGAACCACGUCACGAUUUAUCUCGAAGUUCCUCACUAUCCAGGUGGUCUUCCCACAGCCAGGAACUCCGUUUACCCAGGUGAUUUUGGGUGCUUUCCAGGAUUUCAGGGGCUCCCUCUCGUCCUUCGCUAUCCUAUUGCCUUGUUCGAGGAUUCUCUGUCCCAGCAUUAUGUUGGUGCAUUUUGCCAGGACAACUAUUUGGUCGGUGGAUGGUGUUUUGAACCGCGGCUUAUUGUCUUCUGCUUCCGCCUCUUCGUCCACCUCGACAAAACCUGCUAUUGCGCUGUAUGCGGCCAUGUGGUCGAGUUUUUCUACAUUUCCAUACUCAGCCCUCAUAUUCAUAAUGAAUCCAGUAGACGCGCGAGCACCAGCUGAGAAGCGAUACAGUUUGGAAGUCAUAGACAACGAUGCAUUCGAACGGACUUUUAGCGAAGAAGAAGCUUCCGGCUAUGGCCCCUUGACCCUGAUUAUAAAGCUCACCCACAAAGAAAUGAUUAUUACAACUUAUUUAACUGUUCAAGCCUCGAAGGGGAAUAAUAAGGUGUAUAUAUCACGAGAUCAAGCUAAGAACUUCUCUGACGAGGCAAUAAGUAAUGCUGUAUGUACUGUUUGUCCUGAUCUUUGGGACAAAAUUCGUAGAUCUCAUCCUGCAUCGAUAUCAUUACCCUUCACUGAACAAUCUCAAGAAGCAAUUUAUGUUCCUUUAAACAAAGAAGUAGCAGCGAAUAUGAUUCUAGCAUUCUUUAAUCACACUUCUGAUCCGUUGGAUAAGAUUCGGGAAGUUAUCCCUCAAGACAAAGAAGGAUCAAGAGCGAGAAUGGGGAGAAUUUUAACAACUUACUAUCUGUGGGUUGCCCCCAAACUCAUCGGGGCUGCAGGGGCGCUGAGUCGGCUCCUCCCUAACUUGGGCGGACCUGGCGUUGGCUGCCGCCGCCUGUACACAGGAGUGGUGCGGUCGAUGGCCCUGUAUGGAGCACCGAUCUGGGCAGACGCUCUUGUCGCCCGUAAUAGGACCCUGCUGCGAAGGCCGCAACGGGUCAUGGCGGCAAGAGUGAUCAGAGCGUACCGCACCAUUUCGCACGAGGCGGCCUGCGCGUUGGCAGGGACACCCCCGUGGGACCUGGAUGCGGAGGUGUUGGCGUGUGUGCACGAGCGAAGGGUGGAGGUCCGCAUGCGGGGAGAACACCCUUCGCCGGAGAGGGUCACUGGGUGGCGGCGUUUAGCGCAGGCCGAGCUCUUUCGCCAAUGGCGAGAGAGGCUCGAGUCGCCCAGUGCCGGUCUGCGGACUAUUGACGGGAUUCGCCCCGUGCUUCAGCAGUGGGUGGAGAGAAGACACGGGGUGAUGACCUUCCACCUUGCGCAGGUGCUUUCAGGACACGGUUGUUUCGGAAAGUACCUGUGCAAGAUCGCCGGUAGGGAACCUACCGAGGAGUGCCACGAGUGCGGCUGCGCUGUGGACACGGCGCAACACACGCUUGCCGAUUGCCCGAGCUGGGCGGUGCAGCGGGCCGCACUCGUGGCGGUAGUGGGACAAGACCUCUCCCUGCCGGCUGUGGUCAGGGCCAUGGCCGGCAGUGAGUUGUCUUGGGAUGCGAUAGUCUCGUUCUGCGAAGACGUGAUGACGCAGAAGGAGGCUGCGGAGCGGCUGAGAGAGGAUGCCGUGGACUCCCAGCCGAUCCGCCGCAGGAGAGUCGGGCGCAGGCGGCUUGCACAAGACCGCCGCCUGCCUCCAUAA